AUGUCGAGCGUUCGGCAGGUACACCCGUCCCCUGACGUAGCCAAGGGAGUCGAAUAUUGGGAAAGUGUCCCAGCUACUGUGGAUGGCGUUUUGGGUGGGUAUGGCAAUGGUACCCUGCCGCGAGUGGAUGCCCUCGGUUCACGAACGUUUCUGCUGCGUACGCUUCCUUACUUGAGUAGUAUCCCGCCUGCUGCUUACAAUGGGACGCCCAUGGAGUGGAAGGAAAGCCGUGUUAAGCACCGCGGCGGUAAGGGGGCGACUGUGACGCGCGCACUCGACUCUGGUGCAGGUGUGGGCCGUGUGACGGAACAUGUGCUUUUGCCUUUAGUGGAUGAAGUGCAUCUUGUUGAGCCCGUGCACAAGUUUCUGCAGGAAGCCAAAUUGCGCUCUUCUUCUUGGAAGCCCAUGCAACAGACUGUGGAAUCGUCUCCCUUCAACGCACGCAAGGUCGUGUAUUUCCAUCAAUCCACACUGCAGGGCUUUCCUCUGGCUAAUCCUAUGUCGUCCACUGAUACCUCGCAAAAUCAUCUACCACCCACAUAUAUGAACAAUGAAGCAACAGAACCUCCUUCCUCUCCUGUCACCUAUGAUAUUAUCUUGUGCCAGUGGUGCCUGCAGCAUCUGUCUGAAACUGACCUGAUUCAGUUUCUCCAAGACGCCAAGAAAUUGCUUCGUCCGCCUCAACUGGCCGACGAUGCACGUCCUGGCUGCGACGGCGGCAUAAUUUUCGUAAAAGAGAAUGUCUGCAGCGAGCUACCAGAUGGCAGCGAGUCAUGCUGGUACGACCAGGAAGACUAUUCCAUCACAAGAUCGCGAAAAUUGUAUGAGCGCAUUUAUGCAGAAGCUGGGCUUACUGUGGUGCGCACAGAGGUGCAACUUGGAUUUCCUCCAGAAUUAUUCGAUGUACAGAUGUGGGCCCUACGGUAG